AUGCCACCGCACUAUAAAAACCACAUUCAAAUCUUUUGCUCCUCGCCUCCGAGUCUCAUGUUUUCAGUGACGCUUCACGAGUAUCGCCAAGCAAUUAUCUCAGCGGUGUGGAUGGACAUUCUAUCCAUCAUCCCACCAGACUUAGUACGGAUUGGAGCACUACUGCUGGGUGGUGUGAUAUGUCUCCGUAAUGUCGCGCACGCCAUGCGUCCACAAGUCCUCAUGGAAAAGCUGCGACUUCGACUGCUAAUCCUAGAGGGAAAACUUCGAGACACCGUCGAUAAUGGGAUUCUUCACCUGUCAGAUAUAAAUUUCACUGCUCGAAUCGAGAGGAACAUGGGAAGGGCCUUGGAGCUUCACGAGAGGACGCUUUUGACGUCGGAGGGGAUUCUACAAGAGAUAAAGGCUGUUGGGAAGUGUCACUCAUUCGAAAUUAAUGCGUGCAUUCGGGAUGUGAAAGCCUUGGAAAGGGACCUCGAGAUAAACCGCGCAAAAAUCCUGAAGAACCGGUUUCAUUCAUGGAAGUGA